GCCUGGGUGGCGGCUGGUUGGUGGCCGGCGGCUGGCAGUCAGUUGAGCCUCAGGGUCCAGAGCCCCAACUCCUUCCUCUUCUCUCCGUGCCCGCUCCCUACCCCAUGUCUACCAGCCUUUUGCAUCUGCCGAGGGUCCCGCCUGAUCAGCCGCCCACCCCGGACCUGUUGGGACUUGGGGACUGAACUGUCUGGAGUCCCGGUGCCAAUGCAGUGUAGGCUCCUCCGGGGCCUGUUGGGAGCCCUCCUCACCCUCCUGUGCAUGGGGCUCCUGUCCCUACGGUACCACUCAAUCCUGUCCCCCCAGGAGGCGCGGGGGACCCCCAGGUUGAGCCCAGGGCCCCAGGAGCUGCAGCUGCGAGACGUCUUCAUUGCAGUCAAGACCACCCUGGCGUUCCACCGCUCCCGUCUGGACCUGCUGUUGGACACGUGGGUCUCCAGGAUCAGGCAACAGACGUUCAUCUUCACCGACAGUGCCGACAAAGGACUCCUGGAGAGACUAGGCUCCCACCUUGUGGUCACUAACUGCUCUGCAGAGCACAGCCACCCGGCUCUGUCCUGCAAGAUGGCUGCAGAGUUCAAUGCCUUCCUGGCUAGCGGGCUCAGGUGGUUUUGCCACGUGGAUGACGACAACUACGUGAACCCCAGGGCGCUGCUGCGGUUGCUGAAAACCUUCCCGCAGGCCCGAGAUGUCUACGUAGGCAAGCCCAGCCUGAACCGGCCCAUCCACGCCUCCGAGCCGCAGCCCGAGAACCGCACAAGGCUGGUACAGUUCUGGUUUGCCACUGGGGGCGCUGGCUUCUGCAUCAACCGCAAGCUGGCUUUGAAGAUGGUCCCAUGGGCUAGGGCCUCCUGGGAGGCAGAGGUGGGCUGCGGCAUGGAAAGCCUGGGCCAGUGGCCACUGCUCAGUUCUGUCCCUCAGCGGCUCCCGUUUUGUGGACACAUCGGCUCUCAUCCGGCUCCCGGACGACUGCACGGUGGGCUACAUUGUGGAGUGCAAGCUGGGCGGCCACCUGCAGCCCAGUCCUCUCUUUCACUCACACCUGGAGGCCCUGCAGCUGCUGGAGGCUGGUCAGCUCCUGGAACAGGUCACACUCAGCUAUGGUGUCUUCGAGGGGAAACUCAAUGUCAUCAAGCUGCAGGGCCCCUUCUCCCCAGAAGAGGACCCCUCCAGGUUUCGCUCCCUCCACUGUCUCCUGUACCCAGAUACAACCUGGUGUCCACCGCUGGUGACGCGGUGAGCCCUGAACUGCUGCAGAAGCUAGCCAAGGAUCCCGACAGCCCCCCCUACCUCGCGGGCACCUGUGAGGGACGAUGGCAGGUGCUCGCUGGCAGCUAGUCCAUCUUCAGGCCUCUGGCUGGCAGGAAGGGCCAGGACCUGGACAGUUGGUGGCUGGCACUGAAAGCGUCUCAGGCCCAGGAACCUGGUGACCACCACGGAGACUGUUGAGCUGGGCGGGGGCCUCCGGAUCCUCCUGCUUUGGAGAGGGUAGGGUCCUGGCUGGGGUUUGGCCCCUGCCCCUGGCUCUGGGUUUAUUCAGAUUCCCCCGAGAAUCUGGGGUCAAGGCAAAACCGGGGUCUGUGACGCCAUGUCAGGCUGGCUGUACUCAGCCUCCCUUGUCUCCCUCGCUGGCAGGCCCUGGUUUUUGUCUGUAGCCUCCGCGCACGCUGAGACCCAGAGGGCGGGUCAUAACAGAUCUCCGUCAAGAAACAGAUCGAUCGAUCAAUCGUCUGGCUCACUUUCCCAGCCUCCCUUGCCAUGAGCAGUACUGUGUCAUCUAGCUCUGGCUGGUGGGGAUUGAGCAAGGCCUAGAGAGGGGUUUCACAGCCGCACCCCCUGUCUUCCUGAUGUAUUUGUGGGUGUGAUGGCUGGAUCUGGGGAAAGACACUUUGCUACCAUGAAGGAAAUACCAAGACAAUCAUCUACAGUUGUACCUGCCAGCAUUUGGGCUGUAAGAAAUUAAACCCUUAUUUAAGUCUC